GUGUGCACAGCCCCUGGCAGAUCCUCUCUUUCGUUUUCAUUUCCCGGAAGGAUUCUUAAAAUUGCAGCGAUUCGCAUAAGAAAGACAAACUCUGCUGUGCAAAACUACGACUUUACACGACACCAAAUGCUGUGUUUGGAGUAUAAAUCGAUCAGCUAUUGAUACAGUAAUCCGGUAUUAAUAUUGUAGCGAAUAUUAAGAAGGGUUUGUCAAGUAUUGAAAGCUACAGAACAUGAGUGACGCCUCCUCACCGCCACCUUUGAUAAAGCAGAGCUGUAAUGGGACCAAACCCCAAGUUUGCUCUCUGAUUAUGCACGACCCACAAAAUGAACCUUCAUCCGGGUAUGAUACAGUGCCUGAUGAACUCUGCAAGCUACCUGGAAGACUGCGGAUCAAUCCAUCCUUGUGGAAUAAGGAGGACGUGAAUCUCUGGCUGCGUUGGGCUCAGAGGGAAUAUUCUCUGCGACGUGCAGACCACAACAAAUUUGAGAUGAACGGAAAGGCACUUUGUCUUCUCACCAAAGAGGACUUCCGUCUUCGCUGUCCCAGCUCUGGUGACGUUCUGUAUGAACUCCUUCAGCAUGUGAAGCAGCAGAGGAGAUGUGCCAUCUUCAGUCCGCUGUCCAGCUCCAACACACAGUCACAACAGAUGCCCGUCUCACACGGGACGACAGGUCCUUAUGUUCCCUCUAACAGAAGUGUUCCUGUUUGUCCCGCGAAUCCAAAUUCCUGGGUGUUAACAUCUAGCUGCAACACAGAUCAGAGCCAGGAGAGGAAACCUUUUUCUGCUGACCCUGAGCAUUCACAUGCCAUGCACAGAGAGCUUUCUCAUCAUUCUCCUGAGGAAAAAAAUCAACAAACGUCUCCAGAAAAAAACAGACAGCCUUUAAAUGUUAACUCUAGAGAGGAGCCUCUCAACCUGUCCAAUAAACCUACAGGACCUGCAAACACCACACAAACCUCUGAGGCUAAUGGAAAGAUUGCAGACUGCAAACUCUUAUGGAACUAUGUGUACCAGCUGCUGUCGGACAGCAGGUAUGAGGCCUUCAUACGCUGGGAGGAUCCAGACGCCAUGAUCUUCAGAGUGGUGGAUUCCAACGGACUGGCACGACUCUGGGGCAACCACAAGAACAGGGCCAAUAUGACCUAUGAGAAAAUGUCCAGAGCAUUACGCCAUUACUACAAGCUCAACAUUAUCAAGAAAGAGACAGGCCAGAGGCUGCUCUUCCGGUUUCUGAAGACCCCUGAAGAAAUCAUGCAAGGCAGGUCAGAGCGUGGAGAACCCUCAGGGUCUCCCGAUAGUCCUGCGUCUCCAGACUACAGAGAAGAAGCUCUGGAAGUAUCACCUGUAUCGACUCCUGCUACCAUGAGCCCCGGCUCUGAACACAACUUCAGCAUAUCACCAACCCCAUAACAUUCACUCCCACAUUCGGAUCCAGGACCAGCUUUAGUAGUGAAUUAACCUGACUUUUUAGAUUGGGAAACCCAGAGCUGAUCUUCUGUCAGAGUGAACGUCCCAUGCAGCUCAAUGUGAAAAGCCAACAGCAGCAUCAGAGAUGGCUGAUAUCCUAGAAGUACCACAAGACUCAGUAAUAUUUUAGGAGACACUCAGUUUAAAAGCCACACCACAUGAUUUUGACUGAGGGUAGUAGUGUGCAGUAGUUUUCUGUUAGUAUGUGUUAAAAGCUGAAUGACACUAAUUUGACACAACAAUACUGAUUUAUUCUCAUAGUUGGUGAUUGGAGUUGAUAGGAAAUUUUCUCUCAGGUUGUAAAACUGUGCAAUGUUAUUUUUACAGAUUUAUGAACUGUACUGCAUUAUACUAUACUAUAUAACAUCAUUACAUUGUUGAUUUUUACCAUUAAUCGAAUAAUCUUCAGAAUGAAAUAUGUGGAUUUAUUAA